AUAAAAGUAUUUAUAAAAAAAACAAUUAAUAAAAAAAAUAUUGAAGAAAACAGACACAUGACGAGCUAGUCUUUUAAUUAAAUCUAAAGUUAAUAUACAGAAGUUUAACCAUAUCUAUAUGAAGACCAAUAAAACUAUGAUACAUUUUGCUAAAGUUAAUAUAAUAACUAACCCUAACUUGGCUAACCAUUAAAAAUUGAAAAAUAAUAAUCUAUUGAUCUUAAAUUAGCAUCAAAUUCCUUAUUUGAUAAUAUAGAGACUCAAUGCUCAACAAACAGCCAUACAAAAUUCUCAUCGCAAUUUUCUACAGAUAAUCACUAAUCUGAAUUCAUCGAAGAAGAAUUUAAAGUUUCAUAAUCAGAAGUAGAUUGUGCCAAAAAUGUUCAUUAUGUUGACCCAAUUAUUGAAUUUUUGAAAGAUCCUUUUGGCAACGAAUUAAUGUUACCAAUGUUGGAUUAAGAAAAUAAAGAUAAAUUUGAUGAAUUGAACAACUCUUUUUAACCAUAGUUUAACGAUUUCUAAGCAGAUGCUUAAACUAAUUACUAAUAACCAUAUAGUUCUAACUAUCAAGACCAAACUUAAUACUCACCUUUUCUAAAUGAACCAAACAUUGAUUCUUUAGAAUAAUAACUUUCAUAAGAUCAUCUAACCUCUAACAUCUUUGAUCAAAGAAAUGGAGAUUUACAAGAGCCUAGUAGUAAUGUUAUAGAUAAGACAACACAUUUGACUCCUAGGCAAUAAAAAGUAUAUAAAAAUAAUCCAAACGCCUACCCUGAUAAAUUUUCUUGUAAGAAAUGCCAUAAAUACUAUAAGAAUCAUUCGGGUUUAACUAAUCAUGUAAGAAUUAAACAUUAAGGUUCAAAAACUUCAGAAUGUUAACUUUAAAGAACCAAAAUGGGUAGACCUAAAAAGAAUAACAAUGUUCAACUAUGA